AUGAAGUUCGGCCACGUUUUUCAGGCCCACCUCCAGCAUGACGGCUUUCCCGCCCACUGGGUCGCCUCGGCCAUCUCCUACCGCCAACUCAAAAAAUGCAUCAAGAGAGUGGAACGCGAGCUCGCCAGCCUGGGACUUGACGCAACAACGCUGGGCCAGCUGCUGGCGACGGCAGAGCGAGAGAGGGACAAAAGGCUUGCCGAGUACCUCCUGUCCAACCCGCAGUCUUCGCUCCGAGAUGCAGGCCCUCCCGUCUCUUUCCAGCCCAAGCUGUUCAUUGCCGUGGAUGACGAGACUGGGGAACCGUUGGAUGCCCACCUGUCCCCUCUGACCAGAGACUAUCUCCAGCAGUUGGCCGUCUCCCAACAGCUCUCUCAGUCGAGCGUGUCGCGUGCCCAUGUCUCGCCGCCAGCAGCGGAGCCGAACUCGGAAGCGUCUUCACGGGGAACCUCGUCGGAUGGUACCAGCGAUUCCGAUGGACCGCGGUGGGACACUUGCCCUCACCGCAUGGUGGAGCUUUCCCUGACCUCGGACCUCGAGUUUUUCAGUAUCCUCCAGAGCGAGUUGUCCGGGUUGGCCGCUUUGCAGGCUCAAGAGCAAGAAAGGUUGAGUAAGGAGGUGAUGGCGCUGGGACUGGUUGUGACGAAGGUGACGGAGCCAAAUCGGAAAUCAGCCUCAAAGACGGACAUGGCCAAAUGGCGCAAGAUAUUCGAGCUCUACCUGGAAUCGAGCAUCUUCUUUUCAACCGCCGAACUCGAUCACGGCAAGCAUGGCUCCGUGAAGGCGCAGGAACUUCUGCAGACGUUCUCCGAUGAACUCCACCGGCAGCAUGUCACGUCAACCUUCAAGAAGAAAGCGAGUAGCGUCGCUCUAGCCCAGUUCCUGCAAUUGAACAUGACAAUCCUCCAAAACCUCAGGUUCCAGGAACUCAACGACCUUGCAAUGCAGAAGAUCCUCAAGAAGUUCGACAAGCGCACGGCGCUCGCCGUGAGAUCCACGUUCCCGGCAGCCCUGCAGCAGAGCAUGCCGCGAGACAUUGCGAAAGCCAUCUGCUACCAAGUCUCUACCGAGCUACUGCCAAUAGUUCCUCAGCUGGACGACUAUCUCUGCCCCGUCUGCUUCAGCAUUUCGUACCGUCCGGUGCGCCUGCGCUGCCAGCACAUCUUCUGUAUCCGUUGCUUGGUCGUCCUGCAGAGGGCGAGGGAAAAGUACUGCCCGUUGUGCCGGGGAGAGGUGGUCAUGGAGGCAGACAGCGGGAACCUGGACCCUGCUCUGGCCGCAUUUCUGCUCGAAUACUUCCCGGGCGAGGUGAAAGUCAAGCAAAAGGAAAACGUGAGGGCGGCAGGUGUGGACCAAUACGGUGAGACGUACAACGACAAGUGUCUUGUCAUGUAG